AUGGGGCAGGGGCCGCGAUCGUCAAAGCGGCGUGAGAGUGUCCAAAGUACAGCAAGCUCAACUGAUAUUGAGUCGCACCAUGAGAUGAUUGCAGGCAAAGUGAAGUACUCAGAAGUGGCAAGAGAAAAUGGCUGGGUAGACCAAGAGCUUAUUGAAGCUAUUGAGCGGGACAUUGUGGAUCAUGGCGAAAAAGUGACUUUUGAGAAUAUUGCGGGCCUGGAACAUACAAAGCAGCUCUUGCAGGAGACUAUGAUGCUUCCACAGAUUACAACAUACCUAUUUACGGUUUGCUGUGUCGUUCUGCUGUCUUUAAGAAACAUUGUUUGA